GUUUCCACAAGCAAGACACGAAGCCCAGCAUCCUAUAGCAGCAUCCACGUCGGUCAUCCAGCCUUCAAACGUCGCUAAUCAAGUCGACACCGGAGUCGAAGGUGAUGUCAUCCUCUUCGAGGGCGACUUGCGGUUGAACCGAUGCAGCUAUUCAUCAGUAGAUGCCAUUCCAAUCGAGCAAUUGAGUACCCAUGCUGUCCUGGCUUCGAUCUAUCACGUGCAAGUGGUGGCAAACUUUCAGCAGCUGACGAUUCGAGAGGUGGACACUUCCCACGACGACGAGUUUGUUGCGACGAUGGCCGCCGCAACGUUGCACCUGUCGUCGUCGUCAUCGCUGCUUCAGCUCAGCCAGAGGUCGAUCCACCAACUUCUAGACACGUAUGUGGUGUGCCACCACCCUCUAAACGACCCCAAGUGCCCCCAUCGCCAACUAAAACGGUGUGGUAUUAUUACAGCGGCUACCAACCCCCUCCGGCUCCCAAAUCACUACCCACGCCACCACAGCCCAUUCCUGGCCUGUGUGAGAAGGGGGCGCGGCGGCUGCAGAACGUCGUCCGUCGUAUUGAGACGUUCCUAAAGCCACGCUCCGGUCUCAAGCCAUCCACCGAUGACUCGCACGCUGGCGACUUCCUCGACGACCUCCUUCCAUUCCUUGGACAAGUGAUCCGCCAGUGCAAUCACCGAGUGACGAUACUCGCCAAUGAAUCGUCGUCAAAGGAGAAUAGUAGUUUGAGCAGUCUCAACCUUCGCCUGGCGGGGCAACGGCGCUGCCACGGGGUUCGAAACGACGUGGUCGAGUACAUCAAGCGCGUUCAGCUGAGUCGAACAAGGGAUUCCACCUCGUGUUCGGGGCAUGUGUUGGACAGGUUGAACCAAGCUCUGGUGGAGAGCUGCACCUUUGCGAUGUUGGAGCAUUGGGACGUCCUAAUCCGGCGCUGGACUGUCCAAUGCGACGUGGGGAAAUGGAACUCCCACCUCGGCCUACAUCCAACACACCAACGGCCGACGGUUUCGUGAGGCAUCCCAUCACUACAGUAGUGAAGUAGUAGUUUUGUAUUAUCAUCCAUCAAUUGCAACAAUAUAUAUAUAUACCAAC